AUGGAGGACCCACAAUCUGCGGUUGAGACACCGCAGGUCACAUUCAAAAAGCGAAAUCCUAAAACCAAGUCGACCAUCCGAAAGCGAGCCGCGACUCCUCCACAAGACGACGAUUCGGAUUCAGGCUUUUCAUCCUUUGAAGACGAGGAGGGAAGACAAGUCAAGCGAAGACGCAAAAAUGCCGGUGUCACCGCAUCGUCAAAGGUCAAUACUGCAUCUCGCGAGAGGCCAGCCGACGAAUCUUCAGCAACGCCCAUAAUCGCUCCAACGAACAGGGACGACGCCACCAAAGCGUCGAAUUGGUACGACGAAGAUGGUGACAAGCAAUCUGAGAAAUCAUCCUCCAGGAAGACAGACAUAGCGGCUCCCGAUGGGACGUACAAAGGUGUUGCAAAAUAUCAGUCAUUUAUCCAGAAAAAUCCAGAUCGUACCGCGAAACAGGUCGGACCCAUCAAAUCCUCCACUAAUGUGAGGACGAUCACCGUCACAGAUUUUGCCCCCGAUGUGUGUAAGGAUUACAAGCAGACGGGAUUCUGUGGGUUCGGUGACAACUGUAAGUUCCUCCAUGCGCGCGAGGACUACAAGCAAGGAUGGCAACUUGAUCGAGAUUGGGAAAUCAGUACCAAAGGAAAGAACCCGUCCGGGAAAACCGUGGCAUCUGCGAAUCGCAACGGUCAAUCUACGGAGGAUGACGAAGAUGAUGAAAAGCUACUUGAGAGCAUACCAUUUGCCUGCAUUAUCUGCAAAAAGCCCUAUACCAACCCGAUUGUCACGAAAUGCGGCCAUUACUUCUGCGAAGCAUGCGCCUUGAAACGGUACCGAAAAGAUCCUUCGUGCGCCGCAUGUGGUGCAGGAACGGGAGGUGUGUUUAAUGUGGCUAAGAAGCUGAAUCGGUUAUUGGAAAGAAAACGGGAAAGGGAGAGGCGGAGGAAGGAGAAUCCUACUGAGGAAGAGGGGGCAAAGCCCGCCUGA